AUGGCUGCCGGGAAGGGAGCUCUGCGGAGCCCUUCAGCUGAAAACAGAUGGCGGCUUAGUGAACCCGAGCAGGGCUGGGGCCGCAAGCCAGUGCUGCUGGAGAAAACAAACUGCCUGGGCUCUGAGCCUGCCCCGGGCAGCGGUGGCCGGGAUGAGGCCUGUGCCGAGAUGGUGCUGUCAGCAGCCCCGGGCAAGCUCAGGCUGGGAAAGCUGAUGCCCCGGAAGGCUUGCUGGGAACAGGGGCAGAGCGCCUUCAUGGAGGUGCCUCGGCUCAAGAAGAGGCUUGGGGGCAGGCAGGCCCAGGAGAGGGUGCACAGUGGCCCUGCAGGCCAGCCGGGCCCCCAGCAGCUGACCCUGGACAACCCCAGGGACCCGGCUAGCAUCACCUGCUUCUCAGUGUGGCCCAGUGGGGCCUCCGGGGAGCAGAGAAGUGCCUUCAGCAAGCCAACCAGGAGUCCAGCAGGACCGGGGCCAGCCUCCGUCUUCCAGGCAGGCGGACCGGUAGACACCCUGGGGGAGCUGCUGGGACUCAUCAACACAGUAAAUGUCAGUUGCUGGGGUCGACUUUCCAACUCCAAGCUUUUGGUGGGUGAUUUCUGGAACCUGCAAAUGGUGCCCCCAAAUGCUCCUCUCUGCGGCACUUUCCUGGGUGACCGCAUGCUGUGGCUCAAGCGUGCCACGGCCCAGAUGCCCACACCUCCGUCGUGCUCCUCCACCGCCUCUUGGGCCCUGCUGCCCCCCACGCUCACCUCCCUGGGCCUGUCCACCCAGAACUGGUGCGCCAAGUGCAACCUCUCCUUCCGCCUGACCUCCGACCUGGUCUUCCACAUGCGGUCCCACCACAAAAAGGAGCACGUGGGGCCCGACCUGCAUUCUAAGAGGCUGAGAGAAGAGGCCCUCACGUGCCCCGUUUGCCACGAGUACUUCCGCGAGCGCCACCAUCUCUCCCGGCACAUGACUUCUCACAGUUAA